UACCAACGUGGCGCUAUACUAACAGAGCCUCACCCUUGCAACUUGUGGUUUUUACCUUUUAUCUUCAGUUAUAUCGGUGUGGUUUUUGGUUACUACCUCAUAGAGAUACUCUGUAGAGAGACGAUCUCGUACGCGAGUCAUCCGUCUCAAAGUCAAAGGUUAAGCACACUUACAUGAGUCCCCUCGAGGUGCUACGACACGAGAGGCCAGGUGCCGAGGUUCUAAAUCCGGUGACAUCUCAUGCAUUUGGGAGUUUGCUCGAGGUAUCUGAUAGUCGAAAACGUCGAAUCUGAAAAGCCUCGCAAUGGGAGGACUUCAAAAUUGUAUGGCCCGCAUUGGGUUGGCGGUUUUGGCAGUUCUGGCUCCAACCGCGACGGCUAUGCACGACAAUAGAUAUCAGAUCCACCAGUUGGAAAAGAAUCAUAACAUCUUGCGCCACCCAAAACGCGAAGCUACUUGCCAACAAUCAGGCUUCACGCUAUGUCCUGCUUCCGCAGAUGGUGGAUGUUGUCCCGAAAAUUAUGCCUGCGCCAUAUCGUCCUGUUAUGCCACAACGGCGGGACCUACGUCUGCAUGUGGAACAACAGGAUAUUAUAACUGUCCAUUAACAGCUGGUCCAGGGGCCUGUUGUCCCGUGGGUUUUCUUUGCGGGCGCGACACAGAAGACUGCUUGCCGCCGGCCGGAGUAUCAUAUUCGCAAUCGUGCCCAUCAUCGUGGUUUGGUUGCGCAGCUUCUCUUGGGUACGGUUGUUGCCCAGACGGGAUGGUCUGCGGAAGCGCUACUUGUUAUGGAACCUCCUUAAAAACGCUUCCGGUAAGCGAAACGGUAACCACUACUAACUCUAAGGGAAAUACUAUUACGACAGUGGUCACAAGCUCUUCAGUCAUCUCCCCGGGUCCGGAUCCAUCGGACACAUCGUCUGCCACAGCCGCUGGCGUAGCGAAGUUGAUUCCCAGUACCGUCUCUAAGUCGCCAGCUCUUGAGACUGGUAGCGGCGGUGGUAGCGGUAACAGCAGUGGUAACGGCCUCAGCCAGGCCCAGAUUGGCGGUAUAGUUGGGGGUGCUAUCGCAUUGCUAGCUGUCAUAAUCGUCAUCGCUGCGAUUAUUAUAUGGCGGCUUAAACGGACGGAGAAAGCUGCCAAAGCUGCGGCAAAGUCCAGACACGGGAAUUCCAGCGGCGAACCGCGCUCGCAGAAAUCGGGCUAUGGACAAUUGUCAGUAUCUGAAGUCGACGGUACGGACGUGGAUUCUAUCAUGCGGACCCGGAACGCCCACUUUCGAGCCCGAUCCGACUCGUCCACCGCUGGCGAGCAAUCCCGUUCGGAGACGCCAAACUACUACGGCUCCAAUGCUUCCACGACGCCGCCCGCUUGGCCCGGAUAUUCCCCCCAGCUUCCAGGAUCCGACGCAUCAGACGGUCGCCAGUCAAGUCUAGAUUCCUACGGCGCACGUCACGAUAACGGGUACUUUCCCGCACGACCCAGCGUCGACUCGCAGACACCUCAUACGCACGCGCGCAAAUGGAGCGACGCGAGCGAAUUAGACGGCAGUAUCGUCGGCGCGCAUGGCGUAUCAGAAUUAGGCAGUCCUGACGCCCUCGAGGCGGCAAGGCGGCGGUCUAACAGCUCAACGCGCCCUCCCAGGGGCCAAGUCAGACGGACCAGCGACCCACCCGGGAACUCGCGAGGGACGCGCGGUGAGGGUGUGACACCGACAGCAGCCACUCUAGGAACGCUUGCCGAGAUUAGCGAACUACAUGGAUAUUAUGGAUCUCCAGAUAUUGCAGUUGGGCAGACUGCGGCGAGGCUCAACAAAAAGAAUUCAGCUAUUAGCUCAUCGCCGGGUUACGACACAUAGAUACGUUGUACUACGACGCUGACUUAUAUGACCGAAGUCUAAAUAUCCAUCACGGGGGAUGGACGGCUUAUACACAAUUUACACUUGAGGGUAUAUUGUUGCUAGGUCUGUAUUGGUCGAAGGGUUAAAACGGGAGGUUGCUCUACAACGCUUUUUACCGUAUUUUGGUGGGAGGAGCUCGUACGGCGUUUAUCGGUUAUACCCACACGAUCCUACUGUUAUUUGACAUACUUCCUAUAUGAUUCUAGGGCGGGCACUCGGCGCUGAUGGAAAAUUGCUAGGGUCGUUUAU